CCAAAAGUAACAAAACUAGUCAAUUAAUAUUAGUUAGUAAAGAAUUGAAACCAGUGGCGAUCUAAACAGCAAUGAACGGCCGCCCACCAUUUCCAAAACUACCAAAGACCACCAACGGGAACUCACAUCACAGAUCUCAACUCUUAUUAGUAUCUACCAUUAUAUAUACACACGCGUUAACAUACAGAUAUCUAUAACAGCUGAUCACGCUGUAGUUGAUCUGAAAUCUUUGAGUACUUUUACGCAAGCAAUCGUUAGGAAAAAAAAAAAAAAAUGUCGGGGAAAUUAGGUCGAAAGAUUUUGGUUGCAAUCGAUGAAGGCGAUGAGAGCGCUUAUGCACUGUCAUGGUCUCUCAAGAAUUUGCUCACGGACAAUUGUAAUUACGAAAAUACCCUCAUCCUCCUCUAUGCCAAGCAACCCUCAGCUGUCGCCUACAUGCCCAUGGAUUCCGCUGGCUACAUGUCGUCUUCUAGCAUAAUUUCUACCAUGGAGAGGUACAGCAACCAGGUGGCUCAGACAGUUUUGGAGAGAGCUAAAAGAAUUUGCGAUGAACUUAAUCCUCAAGUGAAGGUGGAGACGAUGGUGGAGUACGGUGACCCAAGGGAUGUGAUAUGUGAGGCGGCGGACAAAUUGAAGGUUGACUUUUUGAUUAUGGGAAGCCGUGGCUAUGGUGUUAUUAAGAGGGCAUUGCUUGGAAGUGUGAGUACCCACUGCGCUCACAACGUGAACUGCCCAGUUAUGAUUGUGAAGAAGCCAAUUAAGCCCUAAUCAUGUGUGUUUGUAAACAUUUCACUAUUUUGAGAUCUUUGCUUAUGUGUUUGAUUGUAAACAUUUCACUACUUCGAGAUUUGACUGGAAAGUUUGUCACUUGUUUAACACUAUAGAUUUGUAAUCCAACUUUCUCUAUUAAUUUUCCACACACACACACAAGUAAAUGAUCAAGUGCAUGGGUUGCUCUGUAUUUAUUAUUCACUUCAUGUGGGAGGUGUAUUGUUGGUCUUGUUUGAGUUGGCUAAAUUAUUAGUGAUGUAAACUUGAGUACUUGUUAAACCUUGCAACUUUUGAUUAUGGUAAUUCAGAAUAGGACCAUAUCCGUGUGUAUUUAUAUAAUAUUGGCUGUCAUAUUUUGGUAUGUAAUCUCACACCAUCAUUGUUUUCUGCUGAAUAGUUUCUUGAUUACAUGAAAUUCUCGUGUUUGUGAGUUCAAGUGUAUCAAUAUCAGUAAUGUAAAUUUGUACCUGAUGCAACGUUUCAUUAGGUAAUCUGAGUAGGCCUUGUUUUUGGAUUAUUGUUUAGCUUAGGCUCAACGUUGAGCCAGAAUUAUUGACUGUCUUAUCUUAUUUUUCAAUAUUCUAUAAAAGCAUGGAAAUUAAUUUUUCUUCUCAUUUACUAUUCAACAUCUCCCUAUUACUACUUACCGCCCAUUUUUGGAUAAUUUUGUCCCUGACAUUUUUUUUCCAAAAAGUACAAAAAAAAAAAAAAAAAAAAAA